AAGUUGCAGAUAUUUCACAUCUCUGCAAUUCACUGACUUCUGGAGUAUUUUAUGCUCUGGUUUUGGGGCCGAUUCUCCAGGUCAUACCUCAUCGUACAGAUCAUGUCAUCUGCCAGACAGUUUUUCAUCCUCCUCCUUGUAGCAUUGGUCCACAUUGCAGAGCAGGAAUCUUCUGGAAGGAGGGAAAAGAGUGAUGACUGUGUGUGUGGACACCCCGGAAUACCAGGCAACCCCGGACAUAAUGGAAUGCCAGGGCGUGACGGGCGAGAUGGGGCCAAAGGUGACAAAGGAGAUCCAGGUGACAUUGGAACAUGCGGAGCAGCAGGGAAGGAUGGACCAAAAGGAGACAAAGGAGAACCUGGUGCUCCAGGCAUAGAUGGAGUUAAAGGACGGCGUGGAGAGAAUGGAGAGAGGGGCCCACCUGGUAAAAUGGGACCCCAAGGCUUCCCAGGGCCACUUGGUCUUAAAGGUGUCAAGGGAGAGAUGGGAAUGCCGGGGCCUCAGGGUAUCAAAGGGGAUGUGGGGCCUCUGGGACCUGAAGGGCCACAGGGAAUCAUUGGAUAUAAGGGAGAGAAAGGCGUCCAGGGGCCAAUAGGGCCUCCUGGGAGACCAGGCCCUAAGGGUGAUCUUGGCCCUCCAGGUCACAAGGGCAGCAUUGGUUACCGUGGCGACAAAGGGUCAAAAGGUGAGAUUGGAGAGAGAGGGCCUAAAGGAGACAUGCCUGAAAUACCCAAAAGUGCCUUUUCUGCUGGCCUGACUGCACAAAGCAAACUACCGGCCAGUAACAUUCCCAUCCGCUUCGAGAAAAUCAUCUACAACCGCCAGAAUCACUAUGACCCCCAAAGUGGUCGCUUCACCUGCGCCAUCACCGGAGCCUAUUACUUCACCUACCAUAUCACUGUUUUCUCCAGAAAUGUCAGAGUGGCCCUCAUGAAGAACGGCCAGAGCGUCAUUCACACCAUGGACAACUACCAGAACAAUGAGGACCAAGCCUCAGGGGGCACCGUGCUUUACCUGCAGGCUGGAGAUAAGGUGUGGCUUCAGGUGGUUGGAGAACAGUUUUUCAACGGACUCUAUGCAGAUGAUGAUGAUGACACAACCUUUUCUGGGUUCCUCCUCUUUGCCGAGUGACAGCACGAUCUGGGAUGCAAUAAAACCUCUCCUCUGUUUGAUCGGUUGAUUCUAACAGCUACAAUGAGAUUCUUUCAGUUCAUAUAUAUCAACUCUUGACUAUGUUAGCUUAUAAAAAUGUUGAACGUUGAAAUGCAUCAAUUUUAAAGGCCACAACAUCAUUCUAUUGGUCCAAUGUGCAUGUGUACAAUGAGCUGUAUUGUGAAACUACAUGGCUAGUGUUUAUUGUAAAUUGAAAUAAAAUGCUUGAUGUGUCGAUCAACUGUCACUGCAUAUUUAAAUUGGAUUAUAUUGCUGUGAUGCCAUUUCCAACCCCUAAGCAAGAGACUGUAAUACAAAAUAAUUGCAUUGUUCCCUGAAACAUGUACUAUUAUAGUUAUUGCAAGCAGAAUUAUUUAUUA